AUGGUAACUUCAUGGAUCUUAAACUCACUGUCUAAGGAUUUAGCGGACAGCUUGCAAUACGUCAAUGAUGCUAAGGAGCUUUGGCAAGAACUAGAAUACAGAUACGAUCAAACCAAUGGCACCAAGUAUCAACUGCAAAAAGAGAUCAAUGAUCUGAGCCAAGGAAGCCUGUACAUCACUAGAUAUUAUACGAAAAUGAAGAAACUUUGGGAAGAACUUAAUACCCUGAAUGUUCAUGCCAAAUGCGCCUGCAAAUGCACCUGUGGAGAAAGAGAAAAUAUACAUAAAGAUGAACAGGAUAGAAGAUUAAUUCAGUUCCUGAUGGGGCUCAAUGAAGUGUAUACUGUCGUGAGAGGGAGUAUUUUGAUGAUGAACCCUCUCCCAACAAUAGCGCAAGCCUUCUCUAUUCUCAUUCAAGAGGAGAAACAAAGGGAAGCUAAGCCAAGUAAUAGUUUUUCAAUGGACUCUGCUGCCUUGAAUGUGAGUGGAUCAGGAAAUGGCAACUUCAGAACUAACUACAACAACAGGGAAAUAACAACACCUAUAGUGGAUAUAAGGGAAACCAACUUAACAGCAGACCUAGACCAUUCUGUGACUACUGCAAGAGGCCAGGGCACACUAAGGACAAAUGCUACAAACUCCAUGGAUUCCCAUAGAGUUCCAGGUUCAAUAAGGGAAGAAGAAUUGCUGGAAAUGUAUUUGGACCACCAAAUGAAGCUGAUACAGUAA